AUGGAGGGUGGUAUCGAAUCCCUCUGGGAUGUCGUCGCCAUUGUGACCGUAUCAAUCUUGAAUACUGGAGAGGUCUCGGCUUUGGAAGUGCCUCAGCUGUAUAUGGGGAUACCAGGCGCACCAGCUAAGCAGCUACGAGGCUUUGAGAAGAUUGCAAUCGAGCCUAACAAGAGCAAGUCUGUCAGUUUCCCGCUGACCAGACGUGACCUCAGUCAGUGGGAUACGGAAUUGCAGACCUGA